AUGACUUCAAAUUGCUUAUUCACACUUAGCAGAAAUGGAAGAAACCGCGUGUUCUAUCUAGCUCGAAUAGCUUAUUCAUCUCGGGGAUUUAAUCUCGAUACCACCAAUUGGAGAAGAAUUAGUACUGAUGGUGUUACGUGCAGAUCAAUAGGUGGGCUUCGAUAUUUUUCUGAUAAAACGAAGAAGGACACAAAAUUAGCGGAGCCCAGAAAGCAGGAACAGACUGGGCUACAACGCUCGAUUCUUGAGGAGGUUGCUGAAAAAGCAUCCAACACAUUCCUGUAUGCAGCUGUUGCUGCAGCCGUCGGGAUGUUAGGUGUGUUCGUUUACCUGUUAGCUGGUGAAUUUUUUGCCGAGGAUAGUCCACAGAAGAUAUAUAGCAGUGCUCUCGCUUUGGUAAGAGAAGAUGGACGCUGCCAAGAUCUUUUUGGUUCUACAAUUGCUGGCUUCGGCGAAGAGACAUCUCGAGGUCGUCGCCGCCAUGUUGCUCACCACAAGUAUGAAAAAGACGGUAGACAACGAAUACGUGUCCUUUUCCAUUUGAAGGGAGAUCGUGACGAGGGCAUUGCACAGGCGGAAAUGGAGCAAAGAGAUGGUGAUUGGCAAUGGCGGUUUCUUUGUGAGCUCAGAGAAUCCCGUUGUUUUUCAUUGGAGAGAUAUGUGUUGGAGAACACGUUUUGCGUUUCUGAAUACAAAUAG